AUGUUUAUUCUAUUACAGAUUUUUGUUAUGCCAUUUAAAGUAAUUCAAACUAUUGAAAACGGCCAGUUAAAGUUAACGGCUGUGCCAGAUCAAUGGGAGCACAACAAUAUACUAUUUUGGCCAAAAAAAGCUGCAGAAAAAUUAAGGAGACAAGAAAAUAGCCCACCUAGUAUCUCUUGGGAUACAAUGCCGUGUCACGUAAAAAGAACAAAUUUGAGAACUUUUCAAGAAGCAGUUGAUGAAAUUGACGCAAUGAGUGAUAGGUCUGAAACUGAAACAGAUCAGGAAGGUUAUCAACAAACAGGUCGCAAAAAAGACAACCUCUUGGCAGCAAAAUCGUUCAACGAUGAGGCGAAAACCUUGGUAAAUAGUGAUCAAGAGCAAUUAGUUAGUGCUACGUCAACAGCCCAAACUCAGCAAAACCUAUCAACCACUCAAUAUGAAAACUGUACAGCAGUCUCACAGGAAAUAAAUUACAAUAUCAUUCCAGAAAUAAAUAUUCCUCAAGUUCCACUACCGGAGACAGGGUUGCCAAACGUUCAUUUAGAUCAGGAUAGUGUCGUGCUAUUGAAUUCAGAUAGUUUACAGCAGCUUCAGCUUGAUUUAAAAUCUGUAAAAGAAGAAAUUAACACCGUAAUGUUAAACCAAAACUCACUUUACGAAAUACAAAACAACAUGGCAGCUAAGCUGGCUGAAAUACAUCAUGAUAUAACAUCUUUUAUUCAAAUAAGUUCAAAAAAUAAAGAAAACGCUGAGGUAGAUCUCAUAAAAAGUUUACAAGAAUUUGAAGAAUUAGAAAACAAUCUGGAAAAUAAAACAUAUAGAGAAGGGUUAAUACAGAAAUUAGGUGUUGUAUGUACAAAAGGAUCAGAAGUGUUCGGGCCUCCUUAG